CUACGAGGUGACGAGGCUUGAUGGGGAGGUCUGUUUUGCAUCCCAUGGUCCAGAAGUACAAGGCUAUGUGGCCGUUCAAAGUCAUCGCGGGAGAGCGAGGCAUGGCCGUUGCAUGGUUCGAAAAAGGACCUGACGGCAAGCAAACGUUCUCACCCCCUGAAAUUUCCUCCCUUCUGCUGAAGGACAUGAAAAGGAUUGCCGAGGCCUUUGCGAAAUCCCAGAUCGAGGAUGCUGCGACAACUGUUCCCGCACACUUUAGUGACAGUCAGCGGGAGGCCACGAGAGAGGCAGGGCGUCUAGCGGGCUUGAACGUGCUGCAGCUGCUGAAUGAACCGAUCGCAGCAGCAGUAGCGUAUAUUCAUCAGAAGAAACUGGAAGAGUCUUGUGCAAGGAACAUCAUGGUCUUCGAUCUGGGAGGGGAUACGCUCGACGUCUCGAUCAUUGCCCUGGAGAGCGGCGGCCUACUUGUGCGCGAGGUGAAAGGCGAUUCUGAUCUUGGAGGUGCGGACUUCGACAACAACCUCAUCAGGCAUGUUGCAGAGCAGUACAAGCGUGAGACGGGUCGGGAUCUUCUCGCCGAGAAGAAGAUAUUUCCGCGAGUGAGGGAGACAAUCCUUAUGGCGAAGCACACUUUGUCCACCCAAGACGAGGCGGACAUUGAGUUCUACUCCGGGGAUAUCGAUCUGAACCAGUCUAUACCCCGGGAUACCUUUGAACAGAUUAACGAGGAGCUGUUCCGAAAUGCAUGGCGAUCCAUCGGUGUGAUGGUCAGUCCUGGGGAAAUGAUUGUCGUGAUCCCCAAGAACACUCCCCUUCCGGCAAGCGGGGAGCUUGAUGUUAAGUGCGCAUACGAUUACCAGGAGGCGAUCGAGUUCAAGUUGUACCAAGGGGAGAGGGCCUCGUGCCGUGAUAACCAGUUCCUGGGGGCCUUUAUGUUGACGGGAUUCAAACCGGUAGCUGCCCAUGGGAAACCAGUGGCGAAGCUUGUUGUGACCGUCGACAACGACGGCAUCAUUCGUGCAUCCGCGGUAGCCGUAGCCAAAAAUCAUGAGGAAGGGAGAAUAGAAACGGUGGGUGUUAUCAUCGGGAGGUUCAGCAUGGAUGGGUUGGACGCUACAGCCGAUGAAGGGCGGGAUUGGAGAGUGGUGCAAGAAGAAGACGAGGAGAUGAAGGCAGAGUUCAAGGCGCGGAGAAAGCUCCUGUAUCUCGCAUGGGAACUUCGGGAAAAAAGAUUUGGGAAGAUGUCCAAGCCGGAGAGAUCGCUUGUAACCCAGGUUCUGGAGUGGUUACAGUCUGAAGAGAGUUAUCCGUCGAAACGGACCUACGAGGACAAGACCAAGAAACUCCGUGCAAUUCAAGCCCGCUUCGGCGGCGGAAGCGGUCGGUUCUCUUUCGCUGUUUGAGCCGGAGUUCUUCAGAAUAGCAAAGGGAACAUCUCCAUCCUUCUCCAUGCCUCCUAUGCUUCCCAUGCUCUCCAGAAUUGUAGAGAGAACCUCUCUGUACGAAAGGUGAAACGAUGGACGCAGAGAACGAGCUUUCGAAGUAGCGCGGAACUCGUUACUAUGCCCGUUCCCGGUGCAGUCAUCACAGAACGCGUCUGCCGCAAUG